GCUGUCAUACUGUGGGCGCGGGCAUACGUAGGAAAUUCGGCGCGCGAAAGCUGUAGCAGGAAGUGAGAGUAGCUGAGGGGAAACGGCGGCCAGUUUGGGAUUUGAAUCUAUCAAACUACUUCCAUAAUCUACAAACAUCUACAUUAAUAUGGCAGACCCGAAGGACCAGGAUGACCACGAUACCACUGCAGAUAGUGCAGAGGACUCUAAUCAUGAUCCCCACUUUGAGCCCAUCGUGUCCCUUCCUGAGCAGGAUGUGAAAACAUUAGAAGAGGAUGAGGAAGAACUCUUCAAAAUGCGGGCUAAAUUAUAUCGUUUUGCCUCUGAGAACGACCCCCCAGAGUGGAAGGAGAGAGGAACUGGUGAUGUCAAGCUGCUGAAACACAAAGAGAAGGGCACAAUCCGCCUCCUGAUGAGGAGAGACCGGACCUUGAAGAUUUGUGCCAAUCAUCACAUUAUACCUAUGAUGGAGCUGAAGCCCAAUGCUGGCAGUGACAGGGCAUGGGUGUGGAACACACUAGCAGACUAUGCUGACGAAUGCCCCAAACCUGAACUCCUGGCAAUACGCUUUUUAAAUGCAGAAAAUGCUCAGAAGUUCAAGGUGAAGUUCGAUGAGUGCAAGGAGGAGGUCAGAAAAAAUCUAGAGGGAACAGGCAACACUGAUAGUGCAAACAAGGUGGCUGAGAAGCUAGAGGAGCUCUCUGUAAAAGACAAGGCAUCAGAAGAAAAGAAGGAAGAGGACAAAAAGGAGACUGAGAAGAAAGAAGAUGAGAAAAAGGAGGUGAAGGCUGAGGAGAAGAAUUGAGAACCAAGAACUUGCUUUGCUGAUCUUCAAUUUAUCAGUUUUUCCUCUUUUUCUACAAUAGACUCUAAAUGAACUGAAUUUGGACACUUGCAUAUUAUUAGUUUUUUUUUUUUAUUCUGUUUUGCCUCAAGAUCACAAGUCCUUGAUGCCACUGGGGAGAAAAAAAUAAUACAAGAUAGAGAAUUUAUGAAAAAAAAAAAAAAGCCCUUUCCCUCCCAUCCCUUUCCCUCCUUGCACUGUGGAAUGCCACACUUUCCAUCCUUGUCAUCUACAGUUCAAUGUUACAUUUGACUAACUGUGAAAAGAGGCGUGUGAUAGUGAUAAUUCCCACAUUGGGGUAUUUGUUUUGUUUUGUUAUUCUGAAGCGGAGUUUGUUUGUAGGGGGAGAGGAUAAUGUAGCCUGCUUGUCAGCAGCACAGGGUCAGGGACCAGGCAUUACGGAGGUGCAUUAUAAAUAUAAAAUCCCAUGAUUCAUCUCAGUGGGCCUUCUCACCCUGUCCACUGUCCAUGCUUCCACUGUUAGCAACAGCAAGCAAGGCGAAGACUUCUCAGUGGAUGCCUUGUAGAAAUACUUCUGUCUCGGUUCCUUCUUUGAUCAGUUCUGUUUGGAACUGAAUAGAAGAGGAAUCACCUCCAGACAGCUGAGGGGCAUCAGAUGCAUGCUGCAGAUCGUAGUAUGCACUGAUACCUGACUGAUAGGAGAUCAGAUGCACUUAGCUAAGCAUUUCAUUUUUUUCCUUUUUAGUUUUAAAUAUCUCAGAAACCAUUAAGUCCAAAGUGAACGGUUCAUCAGAGUUUGGUGCAGCUACGCUCUGACUUAAGUUCCUCGCCAGGAAAUGGAGUUUGUAUUCUUUAGAUCAUAACAUUCCCAAACUUAAAAGCAUGUAGAGUAUAUGUAACAGAGUGUGCCCUAUCUGAUCUGUGUGCUCACCACCCUCUCCUUUUCUUUCCACUAAUUAAGUUCUUAACCUUGCCUCUAAAGUGCAUCUAAGUGCCAGUGCAUCUGUAAAUACAUGUAUAUGGAAGAAAUGUUGCUUUUCAUUUGCACUCAGAUGAUUUGAAAUGUUUCCUCCACCUUCGAAUAAAAGCUGUCAAAGACCA